CAUUCACAAACCCCAAGCUUUUCACUCUCCACCAUCCACCAUAAAUCUUCGCUUUUGUUUACACGAAUCAAUCCGUCUACCCUCCGCCCCAUCCUUUUAUUCUUUCAUUCUAUCUGACAACUCCUCCCAGCCCCCCACCCCUGACUAUGUGACAUUGGCACAGUGCUGUAGUCAAAAUGGACAAACUGUUAAACUUGCUCACCACACACUCUGCAUGCAGCCUUAGGGUAUUUUAAGCUCAGCAGGCAGACUAGGGAACGCCCAUGCUGUCCGCGCUGUAGCUGAAAUGAGACGGAGCCUACAUGUUCGAUCGCUGAAUAGAAAGAAGACAAAGAAUGCCUAGUACAGUAAAUCACAUCUCUCAUGGCACGCAUUAACCAGUUACAUGGUGAACAUCGUAUAUUUUAGGAACAAGCACAGUCAUCGUAGCGUGUAUCCAGAUGUAAGUCUAUUAGAGGCCUACUGAUUUUCAUUAGAGAGAUGAUAAAUGUAUAAAUGCUACAUUUCAGUUCAGUAAUACAUCCAUACAUUCCCAUACAAGUUGCAGGUUCGGUUAAAGACAUUGUAAGAACCAGAACACUGCCAAUUUGCAGCGGAAUGGCACCCGUGUAUUUAAUUAUACUUAUAGCCGCUUUAAAGUCUUUCCUGAUGAACUUUCUUCUCCAAAGUAAUGCUCGCGGAGGAUUGCACUGUCAAAACCAAAAAUCUAUUCUUAGCGUUGUCGCUUUACACACACCUGCACAAAGACACAAUUUGUUAAAUCUGAGCUAUGAUCAGCUAAUUUAAUAUGCGACUAAUAACAAUGCAAAUCUAUUCAUUAAACAUAUUCAAAAAUAGCUUUAAUUAUAAUGGAAAAUGUUUAGAAAUGUAGUUUUGUAAUGUAGUCUGGGGCAUUAAUACAUGUAGCCCGGGUAUUCAGAAGAAAUGGUGCGUGUCAUCUGCGAUGAAAGGAAUGGUGAGCUCUGGUGUACAUUUGUGAAGUAGUUGGUAUGUGUAUCUGUACAUAUAGACACAGUUUUCAACGCUGCUAUUUACAUUUAUUCACCACAUUCCCACUGAGAGUGCAGUCACUGUAGCCCAGGGCAAAGACUCACACCAGGGUGUGACAUGAAGGCCAGCCUGACAAGGGCUUUUAAAUGUAGUCUUUUAGAUAAGUGAGUCUUUUAGCCUUUUAGGUACAUGAGAUUUAGCUUGUUGCUUUUUAUACCAAGACAAAUAGAACAAAAAAAGGAUAUUUUUCCCCAAGCAGCCCUGCAGUGGUAAUAGUCGUUCUCUGGCUGGACCUUUAUCUGGGUUUCUGGGCUGUGGUAGUAAUAAAAAUGAACUCCAUUUAUCUUCCCAGAAAGGGACAAUAUGGCAAAUAUUGUUCAUAUUUCUAUAAAAUCCUGAGGGGACUUUACAAAUACAAGGUGUGUGUUUAAGCUCUAACGUUACUGAUUAAAACAUAAAAUUGGACAAGCUUAAAAUGAGUAAAUAGAAAGGAAAUAAAAUAACUUCCCACUUAGGCAUAAAAAAUUGAAUUAUGAAAGUGGCACCAGUCCAAGAGAUACUAGAAAAGUGAUGUUCUCAGAAUAUAGACUCUAAGGUGAUGUGACUUGUUUAAUAGUUUCUGUCAGAAAAUCUGGUAAACCAUUUAAGGAAAUGGCUUUAUACUCAUGUUUCUGCUGGAGGAUAAUUAAUGAGUGUUCCUGGUCAUAAAUUUCAACCCAGCAAAACAUGUAAUUUAAGCUAAUAAAGAGUUCAAUGAUUAGCUCAGCUCACCGGAUAACCACUGACCAAACAAACCACAGAUUAUUAUAACUUUAGCAGCCAUUUGGCCUGAAAUCAAAUGCUGUAUGUCUAAUAAUCUCUGCUAUUUUGAGUCUAUGUCCAGAAAUGGACUCUUCUACGGGGACUCUGAGCUCGUGCCAGGAUACAUACGCUGAUCGGAGAGUAUGCAUAUCUACAGCUGUGUAAUGAAUCGAGAGCGGCAUCAUAUGUAGACGUGUCAUCUCGUUCUUUAGCGCUAUUUCUCUUUUAUGUGGUUUUUUUUUUUUGAUGUGGUUCAAAACCUUACAAACCAGUAUAGACAUUUAUUUCAUGUGAUGGACAACUCGCAUGAUAUCAGCCUGUCAAAAAUGGUAGAGCAGGUGAUGACUCGUCUGAGCAUAAAUAACUGUACAUUAUAAACAGGCUACAAAAAUACUUUCUGUAACUGAGACAUACUGACAUGUAUGUGUCAGUGCUGAGUAACCAGUCCUGACAAACAGUGCUGUAGAGGGAAAAGCUAAUGCAAGAACAGAUAAUAGACAGCAAUAAAAUGUGUGUUCUCUUGGUUGAAUUUGUAUUUAGGGACAAUUUGCAGCAUAAUAUGGAGACAUUCUAUACCUUACUCAGCAUCUAGGUUAUUAAUGUAGUAAUUCAGAAUGCAGACAGACAUCCACUGGGAAAAUUUCAUUACCACAGUGUGAUACAAUAAUGUAAGAAUUUAAUAAAUGUACACAUUGACCAGUAUGUAAUUGUUGGUCAGUAUGUAAUUGUUGGUCAGUAUGUAUUUGUGAUCAAUUGAUAUCUGUUUCACAAAAAAAAAAAAAAAAAAAUCCUAUUCCAUCAAGAAACAUUCACUACACUAUAUGGCCAAAAAUUUGUGGACACCUGACCAUCAUACACCUUAUAAUAACCUCCACUCUUCUGGGAAGGCUGUCCACUAGAUUUUGGAGCAUGGCUAUGGGGAUUUGUGCAUUAAUGAGGUCAGGCACUGAUGUUGGACGUUGGUGAUGUUGGUGUACAGUCGGUGUUCCAGUUCAUCCCAAAGGUGUUCAGUGGGGUUGAGGUCAGGGUUCUGUGCAGGACACUUGAGUUCUUCCACUAUAACCUUGUCAAACCAUGUUGUCAUGGACCUCGCAUGGUGCACAGGGGCAUUGUCAUGGUCAGGUUUGGGCCCCUUAGUUCUAGUGAAGUGAAAUUGUAAUGCUACAGCAUACAAAGACAUUCUCUACAACACUGUGCUUCUGACGUUGCUCUAACAGUCUGGGGAAGAACCACAUAUGGGUGCGAUGGUCAGGUGUCCACACUUUUGGCUAUAUAGUUUAUGUGAGACUAGGGGAAUUCUGUAGAAAGUGAGCAGACAGCCUGAGGGUACAUGCUGACAGGUUAGCAGGCAUCUCGUUUGGUCAGCUUGUGUCACUCUGCUGAGGUCCAUGUGGGCGGCAAGACUCGUUUAAUGAGAGUAUCACACUGUGGGAACAGAACAGUGUAGAUGGGACAGAAUGAACGGCGCUGAGAGAAAGGAGCAUGGAUCUUUGAGAACAGCUCUUUAGGUCUGGAUUUCUGUGACAGGUGUGCUUUCCAGUUUUAGCAUAAGUGACAGGGAAAGCAAGAAGCCUCCUGUUAGUUUUACAGGAUUACAGGUCCCAGCUGUCACAGGUUUAAAAAAAAAAAAAAAAAAAAAGUGUGUGCAUUUUUGUCAGGUUGGAUGAGGGUAGUGAGAAAACAAGGAAGUCAUGCCUAUUUUAUAUUGGCAGUUAAAAAUGCAUCAGAUAUAAAUGUUUAAAACCAGGUGCCAUCUCCGAUUAGGCUUUGUGAAGGCUCGCUGUCUCUCCUAUCUCCAAUAUACUGGCAGUGACGAGACCGAAACUUCAGUGCCUCACAAAAGUUCAGCAAGGUGUGAGAAGAAACUCUUACUUUGCUCUACCUCUUCAUCUAGCUUUAUUUUUUUCUGCUUUUUUUUUUUCCAGAAAGAUGUUGGAUACUUGCCUUUCUUUGUAUCUUCUGUGUAGCAGCUCUUUCAGUCUCUUAGUCUGUUUCAACAGCAUGACAAAUUGACAGGCUAAGUGUUUGUGCUUUAAAAGCACUAAGCUAAAUUUGGCACCAUGUUUCAGAUUUAAGUUCUUGGCAUUUGACAAAGUGCCCACGGAAAAGCUGACAGGCCAGUAGGUUUAGUGCGAAUGGUAAAUUCAUCAGCUUUGGCUUUUCCCUGCAGUGUAAUAUAGUACAGCUCUGUGUUUCUCUCUCUCAUGGUGGGAUCAUCUGUCACAUAGCACAAGCCUUGCGCUGAGGUUCAUGGGUUUUCUCUGGGAAUAUUAACCUGAUAAGAUAAACUAGCAUUCUUGUUGUUCUUUUGUCUCUCUGUUGUGACUUGUUUUACUUUCUCUACUUUAGAAGUGUCCCUGUUUGUAUCUCUAGGUUUCUGUUUCGUCUGUUUUCAGGUUUCUGAUUGUCACCUUGUUAUGUCUUGUCUGUAUAAAGGCGAUCAGCGUUUGUCAGAAAGCAAAAGCUGAAACAGAGACUCUCAUGAUGAUCAUAAUCCCCCUCUCUUCUAAUUGAUAACUGCCAGCUUUUGCUCUUUUGCUCCUUCUGUCUGUUGUGUAGGUCUGACUAAUUGCACAAACAGGGCUUUAAAAGCCAAGCAGGAGGAGGGUGAGAUUUAUGAGGUGUUGGUUUAAAGCCCCCGUGGCCUCUCACUCACUCACUCUGUGUGUUUGAACGCCUCUGGCUGGCUGUGAACCGCUUUUGUGCUGGAGCAGUUGCUCUCUGUGACUGCUGUGGUGUGGAAUGUGUCUUCAGUUCAGGGUUUAUCUCUCCCGUAUGUCAGGGCCUCCACAGACCUGCUUGUUCCUGCACUGCCACCUUUCACCUAAGCCAGCGCAUGUGUUGAGCUGCCUUUGAUGCCUUGCCGCUCUGAAGGGAUGCACGGUUCUGUCGCUGCCUGGAUAAAGCUUGACAGACUUUAUCUAUUUCCAACCUCUCACAAAACACCGGCUGUUUGUCCUGAUGUAAGAGUUUGGACUUUUACAUGGAGAUAUUUUAUUUGCUAGAAUUUGUAUUUUCAGUAUUUGUCAGAUGAAAAAUGCACACAGCAGUCCUUACAAAGUUGUGCAGUAGGCUAGGUAGACACUCCGUCUGUCGGUGUGUUAUUGAAUUGGAUUCAGAGCUUGGGUGGUUGAAAUGUGGCUGCCUGAAAAUAUCUCCAUGUGUGCCUCCUUUUAAUUCGCUCUAAAGAGGCUUUCGGCUUAGGAUUAGACCUCAGAGAGAACUUAAACUUAAAACACACCCAUUUGUCCUUGGAGAGGGACACGGGGCCUACUUUCACCACCAAUCUGUAGCAUUUCAGGGGACACACAGUGGGCCUAGUGUUCUUCACUAAGGAACCUGCUGACAUUUCUGUGCCUAAGAGAGCUUCUGGCUUCCAGCCCUGCAAUUCUGUUUCCUGGAAGCCGCCAGCCAAACAGCUCUGCUUGCAGCACCACACCAUAUAUUCAGCCAUCCAUCUGUAGCAACUCCAUCAGCCCAUUGUUUGGAGGAAAAAAAAACCCAUGAUUAAAUGGAAUGCAAGCACCAUGCAGGAGCAGCCUCCAGCCCAGCACUCAGCUGUGUUCUGUUGAGCAUUAUGUUUCGAAGCAAAGUCUUCAGGGGACUGUUGAAGAUGGUUUAAAAUAUCCUCUGAUUCUGGAGACCUCUAAGUGAAGGAAGGGAAUGAACUCGUGUUGUUGCAGAACAGAGGCUUGUCAGAUCAGAAAAGCCGCUGCUUGUAUUUUGUCUCUGCCUUGUUUUGCCAACCCCAUAGCCCUUUUUCCACUAUAAAAGAGGCUAUACUUGACUGAAUUGAAUCUGUUCCACCAGCAAAACUGCUGCUGGCCAGAAACCAAGAACCAUGUUGUCACCAUGACAACAACAGUCAUUAAAAUAAGACAUGAACGGUUGGGAGGCUUGAAUGUCAUUAAAAUAGUUAAAUAAAAUUACAGAACUGAAAUAUUACAACCGUGACUCCGAGGUCUGAGGGGAAAAAACAACUGUUUUACUGGCAGCUGCGACAAAGUAAGCAGGUUGCCAAUGUUAACAAAAAUUCUUUUGAGCAGCAGUAAAAAUUUGUAGUGUUGUCUGUCAUGUAGACUUAAUUAUUGUCUAAUGUGAAAUAUAUCUGUGCUGUGUGAAGACACUGCAGGAUCUGACUUCGAGUAGUAGUAUUAUUUUUUCAAAGCCCUUCACGAGUGUUGUUAUUUUUAAGCAGUGUAUUCGGAAACUCCGACUUCUAAAUGUGUAAUGGUUCAGCUGUCAAACUCGUGGAAACAAUUUUUAAAAGCGUUUGCUGAACAAGCACUGGCACCUUUUUUAGCGGAAAGGCAGCAACGUUGCGCCCAGAUCCUGAGGUGAGACCAAACGUGUCUUCUUAGAGCUCUCCACACUGAGGUAUUUUCAAAAGCUGUGUCUGAGUCUCUGGCCAAGCAGGAGUGGAAGAUUGACUAACAAAAUUGCUACAAUCUCAGUCUUUCUUGUGGGAAGAUCUUUCUGAAACCCAACAAUGGCACCUUUUACCUCAUUCAUGGCAUUCCUGGGUCUAAUCAGUCAUAGCCCUUAUAAGAAAGAUUUAUCCUUAUUACAUACCUAGAGUGUUUGUGGUUAAUCCUGUAAUACUAUACAUGUGUCACUACUUUAGUUUUAUGGAUUUAGUGCUAUAAUUUAAGCAUAUACACUACUUGCCCUAAAGCUUUAAAUUCCCCAAGCUCCAGUCCUCAAGGUCCACAGCACUGUACACUCUGUUCAGUGGUUUCCUUGUUUGAAACACAGCUGUUAUUUGUUGAAUUGAAUAAGGUGGAUUAAAACAGGAAAACACAGUACCAUGGCCCUGCAGUUUUUCUUCUAAUAUGGUAGCACAGCUACAUAGCUGGCAUUCCUACCACUAUUUUCCAUGAGAGUAGGUCAGUACACAGCUCCUACCACCCCCACCCCCCUUUCUGAAAUCUGGAGUGGAACCUAAUGGAAAGCACUCCAGGAAAAUCUUCCACUCUUCCAAUUCAUUCCAACAUUGAUGUGUAAUAAUCAACGUCUUGUAGUGAGCUUGCCUGUUAUUGUGGUCCAGCUUGGUUUCUGCUACGGCUGCUGAGAACAGAGCAAUGUUCUGUUAAUGUAUUAAUGUGCAUUUUGGUGCACUGCCCUAAUCUCUCUUGAACCAUCAUGCCAUUAACGUACUGCAAGGCUGGUUUUGUUUUUGAAUGGUAUUAAUUGACAUCUGGAAUGCGCAUACACACACACACACACACACACACACACACACACACACCUCUCUCUAUCUGCUCAGUCCUGGCUAGGCUUUGGACCUGGACCUGGACCUGGAGCAAGGAUCUGUCAAGAGCCACUUUUAUCAGUUCUACAAAAGUAGUGUAAUUUCACUCAGAGAGAAGUGCAACUAGCGAGCUUGAAGGUGAAAGAGACACACCAAGAUAGUUUGUCAUUCUUACCCUGCACUAUUUUUCUAAGAUGGUUGAAAGGUAUAUCUGAGGACAGCAGAGCAUGUUUUCACUCACGAGCUUCUGUCAUCACCAUGUUCUGGAGAUUUAUCUUCCCAGCGUAAAAAGUCAUAUUGUCCUUUGGGUUACGAUGAUUAUUUGACAGAACUGACAGCACUGAUACUCCCUGAGGCCUUUCAUAAUCUGCUUUGUUUCUUUAAGACAGAGACAGCUCUCUUUAACACAUAUUAUUGUUUUGUGAAGACAAUGUGCCUUAUGUUUAAUUGCAGUAAUUAAAUGUUUAAUGGCAUAAACCUGGUAAGCAUAAUGACAGGACUGGCAGAUCGUAAAACUCUCAGUGGAGAAAAUGGAAGUACUAGUUUCAGUACAAUAAGCAAGUCACACAGAAAUAUAAGUUAGAAAGAAAUGAAAUAAGAUAAUGUUCAACAAAACAGCAAACAUUGUUUUGUUCAUGGUUACAGCAAAGAACAUUACAUAGAAAACAGGACAAAACCUUUUUCUUUAUCAGUGACAUGGAGGCUUUUUGGAUUGGUUGGCAAAAUAAAAAAUAGAAAUAAUAAAGGCUGAUUAAUAAAAAUAGUUCGCUCUAACACUAGUGAUGUUAAAUUAUAGGUGCUGAGUUUACUGGAAGUGUUUUUGCUGCAAUAAAUGUUUAGACUUAGUCCAGCCAGUAGGUCAUUAUUCAUGUUUCCUAGUAAUAAAUAAUUUGGCAAGAAGUUGAUUGUAGUAUUUUCUGUCUUGUUAUUAAAAAUUCUUUACCAACAAACCAAUUUUAGAUCGUUCUCUCAGGACCUGGCCAAACUGUGUGAAUCGGCUCUUCUGUCCCUGCAGAAUCCUUAAAUUAGCCUGAGUGCAGUUAGUGUUUGGAUUCCAGUGACAGUGAUAAGUAGUCUGGGAUGUGAGGUUUUUUCUGGAACAGUGUGCAAACAGUCGAAAAUAGCAACAGCAUGCGGCAUUCAGUAAACUUUUUACCACACAGUUACAUGACGAACCCAUUUGAGCCCCAGUCUGUUCGUCCCUUUCUCUAAGUGCUGUCUGAGUUCAAGCUGGAAGUUUCUUUCCUUUUUGUCUCUCUUCCCUGUAAAUGGAUCCUUUGGCUUGGGAUGAAAAAGAUUAACAGGAGUGCCUGGAUCCAUUUCUGGAGGCCCAGAGUCCAGCACAGUUUACUGAUUUUCCUGCAAAACCUGGAGUUGUGUUUUAAACGCCUCCCUAACUCACUCAUUCACUGUUUGCUAGAUAUACUCUUCUGUAUGGAGCACAGUUUUGGGUACUGUCACUGUAUCCGGGUUCUCCGGUUUCCUCCCACUUCCCAAAACAUGCCAGUAGGUAGGUUGGCUACUUGAUUGGCUAAAUCGCCCCUUGGUGUGAAUGUGUGUGUGCAUUGUGCCCUGCAACAGACUGGCAUCCAUCCAGGGUGUGUUGCCUCCUAGCGCCUGUUGUUUCCGGAAUAGGCUCCAGAUCCACCCUGACUAGGAUAAUCAGUCACUGAAGAUGAACAUAUGUAUGGAGCACCAUAAAAUAAAGGCAGAUGCCAGAACCGAAUUUUUGGACAACAAAUACUUUUACAGAUUGCAGCAGAAACCCAUCAUAAUAAUGCUGUCGCAUUAUUAUCAGUAUAUCAUUAUUUCAGAGGCUUGCAGUAAUAUUGCAAGACAUUUAAGUAAGAAGGUCUAGCAGCAUUUUUUUUUUUUUUGAUAUGUGAACUGAAACACUGAAGCAUCAAAUGAGACUCUGAGAAAUAUGAGAAAUAUCUUUCCUGACUUCGCUGGUCAUUAGUUGAGGUAUUCUCAAGUAAAUUUCGAAAUGAAAGAAAGCUAUGCAAUGUGUUUCUUUUUCCUGGACAUAAUGUGCAUGGAUGGUAUAUUAUAAUUUCAGUUCAUUAUGAGUAAUAAUAUAGUGAAGUGUCCAGGAUAUACAGUAUGAUUGCUCACUAAGAAUUUGGACAACACUAAUAAAAAUGGUCGACGCCAUCAAAUAGUGCACUAUGUGCUAUGGAAGAGAUUCAUGCACAGUUUGAGUUGAAUGAGGUGUCUUUGAGCAGGAAAGUCACCAAAUUAUGGUGGUCUCCAGUCCUCCAGCACAUAAAUGUUGUUAAGGAAUAUGAUCCAUAUGCACCGAGAAGAAAAUCAUAGUUAUUAAGCAGUCCGUCACUGCAGUAGUGCUAAAACAAGCAAGUAAUUUGCGCAAAUGAUGAUCGUUGCAGAGAUGGCCUGCUCUGCCAGUUGGCUGACAGCUUGUUCAUUUAUGAUUACAGUCAGUAGGUGAAAAUAGGUCAUGUGUAUAUCACUGCUGUUUCUGCAGCAUUGUUCCAUUUUUUCCCCCCGAGGUAGCCACUAGUGAUUUUUCUGAAAGCUACAUGACCUUAUGUCCUAUUCAAACCACAUAUAAAAAAAAAGUAGGCAGGGUCAUGUUGAUACAGCCCUGAAGUAUGUCAGCUCUCAGUCACAUUUGUUAUUUGUGCUGCUUUAGCCCUGUAAUGUGAAUAGAACAUAAACUCACUAGAUAUCUGAAGUGUACACUUCGCCUUACCUGUGGGCUUUGGGAAGUAAUUACAGAAGCCAUCAUUAGUACAUCAGUUUCAGAACGUUCUGGGAUUUGGAGGUUCAUAACCUGGAAUCAGCAAGGGUGAAUAGGGUGAAUCAUACAUUUCCAGAAAUGAUUAAUGCUCCCAAAUGUUAUUAUAGCUCUGCAUUCCUGAACAUUAGAAUAGUUCUCUGUUCCCAAACGUUGGAAUUAAAAUGAAGCAGGGACUGCUGGGUCAAAGUGCAGGAAGUCAGAUUUGAGGGUGAUUGUGUUCCUGCUGGACAAGCCAGAAGUAUUUACACAAAUUAACAUCAUGUUAACAAAAACUGGUUUGUACUUGGCUGCAGAUCCUUGCAGAUGGUGGAUAUCCACCCUGGUGGUUCUCUGUCAGGUGUCUAAUGCCACUCUUUGCAGUUCCAAUUUUGUUACAGAGCUUUUAGGCCUCUGCCUAGAGGCUUGUCAGUGAAUCACAUCUUGUGAUAGACUCAAAUGCUGGUGUAUGAGGUAAUGCUGGUGUAUUCUUAUCUCUGACAAAUGUAGUCUUUGACAACUCUUUGCCUAUGCUAGAGUGUGUUCUGCUGAUUACUGGCACCAGGGACUUUCUGGUAUUCUUCACUCCUGUACUGUGAUAUGUUACUAACCCAAUGCCACUUUGGUGUUCGAAAUUCGUUUUUCUCAGGGACCUAGCAAAACUUUGAACCAUUGGUGGUCCAGGAGGAAUUCUGUUCUAGAUGAUAUAGAUGAAAGCAUUUCACACACCUUUUCUCUCUGAAUAUUCACAUGUCCAAAUAUAUUAGUAUUUUCAUAACACACAUUCACUUUAUUCAGCUGAUAGCUGAUACUCUUGUAUAAACCAGUCACAUUCACACAAAAUAUAUUAGUCAAAUGAAAUAAAUGAUGUCACCAGUUCAUCAUCAUUAUAUUUGUCAAAAACACUGUAAGUGAAGUAACCUCAAAUUAGGCCACAUUAAUGCAUCAGUUAGUCAUGUAGUCAAUCCUAGUCCUAAACUGUACUGAUUUGAGCUUGCCUUAAACUCAGAAUGAAAAAUAGAAGCAUAUCUUCAUUACACCAAGGUUUAGAUCCAAGCAAGGAAUGCAUCAUGUCAGGGUAGAGACAUCCUGUUACAAAACAUGACUGCUUCUGUAUUCCAAGGCAAAAGUGGUGAAUAAUGAGCAAUAAAAAUGCCUUAUUUACUGAAUUCAUCACAUUAGUUGGCAGUUAUUGGUGCAUAUAAUAUCUAAUCUCUUACCAACUCUCUUGUCACAUCAUUUUAUUCAGUUUCAAAAGCUUGAAUACUUUAUGUGACCUUAUUUGUUUCAAUGCCACUUUUCGCUACAUUAAUGCACAGUGGCAAAUAACAAAGUGAAAAUUGUUCUUGGCUCAAUUACACAGAGGAAAAGCCUUCAAUAAUUUAUUUAGUUGAUUUAUAAGAUACAGAAUUGCCCGUAAUAGCAUAAUUGAGUUAUUAGGCUUGUUCUGUGCACGUGAUUUCAGACGUUUGUCAGUGCUUGUGCGAUCGUUUUAGUCACGUAUAUGCACACAGGCUUACAUGUCUUCAGUGGUCUUACACAUGAGGUGCUUGAGCAUGUGCAAGAUGUUCUUGCUCAAAGCUAGGCAGUUAUUCCCAAGCUGUUCACGAUGAUUGAGUCUCCCAGAAACCACUAUAGAAAGUGACAAAGCUGUCAAAAUACCCCAGAGUCAUAUCCAGACAUAUUUUACCUUCACAGCUAACUUCUUUACUCUUUAAAUGUUCUGGUCUCAUUUUUAUGCUAAAUUAUUAUAAAGAUUGUUGUGAGAGCUAGUGAGAGAUGGUUCUUCUGUACAGACAGUCAUAUGCUCAUGUCUUGUGUAUGUAAACAUCAGUGAAAUGCACUAGUGCUGAGAUCAAAUUAGAAAACAGUAACACUGUUAUCCGUAAUUAAGGAACGCCCUGACAGCUGUAAACGGACGACUCGGUGACGCUUUGUUUGCCCUUCACAUUUCCUUACAACCCUUGAGUUCUCCCAAGAGCACAAGAUCAUCUAUGCAGAAACGCCCUCCGCUCUUUCCCUCUGAUUCAUGUCUAUCUAGGGAUCCUAAGAUUUAUAAGCAAGGAAUAAAACACUUCGGGGCUUGCCGUUACAGAAAAAUGAUCAAUGAAAGGGUUAUGUAAUGCAGCCCAGCGUGAAGCAGAGUUACUGUUGCCACUUUUUUAUCCGUUUAUAGUUUCAGUUAAUGUGGAACGUAUGCAAAACAAGUUAUAACAGCUAUAAACAGCUAUUUCCUCACUAGCCUUUCCUUUCCUUUGUCUUUGUCUUCGUCUGGAGCACUCGAAGGAAUAGCUUUACCACUGACUGCUACAAAGCACUGACACUGGAGGCUCCUUCCAAAAAUGCCACCAGCAAUUACACAGUCAGCAGCGCUGUGUUAUAACCUGGCUUAUUGUGUUCUCUUUUAUCGUGCUGUUUCCUUUUAAGGUGAUCCUUCACCUGUGCUUCUUGCUGGUUUUGCAGAUAAUGGCAGAGUACUUGUUAUCUGCAAGGUUGUAUCAUGUGUAGUGUGAGUGACUGCCUCGUUCUUUGUUCCUAGCGUUUUCUAGCACUUCUGAGUGUCCACACGUGCACUAGCUCUUGUGCUGAUUUAUGGUUGUCUUUGUACGACCUGCUGUUAUUUUGCACUUAUUAUUGGUCAGUUGGUGAAGAUUUAAUCUUGCAGCAGCUCUUUCAACAGUUAGGUGCUGAUCUGUAUUCCGCCUCACUUGUGAGUCGUUUUGGAUAAUAACCAUCUGUCAAACGAAUUGUAAAUGUAAAGUGGCGUUAUAAGUCAGUGCAAGCCUUAAUGAGCCACUGCAUCUUGAGGUGUGGGAUUUUUCUCUCUUGCAUGCCUGCUGCUUUGCUUGCUUUCACUUCAGUGAUUUAUGAAGGCCUCGAUAAUGCAAGACCAAAAUUCCUUUUCCUUUUCCAUGAGGUGUCUUUAGAGCGUUUGACAGGAAAAUCCUGCUGCAAUUCACAAAAUUACUUAUUUAUGCCAUGAGCAUGACAACUAAUAUGACAUGUACGUGUACAGUGUUCUGUAAAGAAUUUGAUGAAGCCUAGCUGUUUAUAAGUGCUGACAAAUGCCGUUUUUAUCACAAGCACAGUCCUUGCCGUGGUACCCUGAAAUGUGAAGUGCUUUCUGUGUGUUUAUCAAUCUGCUCAUAUCAUCACUUCUUAAUUGUUACAGUACCGUGCAUCAGUGUUCAGUGUUUAGAACACAAACUAAUUGGAUGUUGUGCUUUUUCUUUUUCUUUUCUUUUUUUUUUUUAUUGUUACUAUUUGGAACCAAACAAAUGAAGCUGAGAAAAUCCUGACACAUUGCACAUUGCGUAUUGUGUUGUGUCUUGUCCUACUUGUGUAUUUUCCAAAGUUUCACAGUUAAAUAGACAACAAAAUGAAAUAGAAAUGACCUAAAAUAGCAUUUUUUCCCCACAGUAUUGAUCCAAGUGUAUUGUGAUUUUUUUUAUUUUUAUUGUGUCAUUGAUGAGACCGUGACUUCUACACAAAGUGUACACAAAAAUGCUAUGUAACACCUGGGGUCAUACAACAUGAUCUAAAAAUGUCUGUGUUGAUUUUUAAUAACUUAAAUUGAAAUUAGAAUUGGGUAACUGCAUUGUUAUCAAGCUUAUGACUUGCUGAAUUAUACUGUACAAACCGGGCCACUGGAUUUAACAACUACAGCAAUAUUUUUUACUUGAAGUGGUCAAUGGUCUGAUGUCACGUUUUGUUAGACCUGAUAUCUAUAGAUUACAGCCUACUGAUUUUUGUGAGGUUGUUCGCUAACAACCUGUUUGGCUAGCUAGUUAUGUAUUGUUGAUUCUUGCUAGCAUUCUCCAUGGGUGUUUUCUCUAAAUACAGAAGUGUGCAUUAAAUCUGGUUUAAGUUUCUACUAUAUAAUACUGAUUGAUUGAAAACAAUUUGUAAAAUCUUAAGCUUUAUUUUCCAUUGGAAUUGAGUAAUUUUGUUAAACCUGACAUUUGCGUAACUGUUGAAUAGCUUUUUAGUUUUACAUUGUGGUAAUUUGCAAAGUCUUUCCCCAUGGUGUAAUUCCAAAAGUUGACCUCAAACCAGUGAUGAAUAUAGACUGUAUGUUCUCCUUUUGGUACUUGGUUUUGACACUAGUGGUAAAGCUGCAUUUUAAAGCCGCUCUGUUAGUUCACGACAGAGAAAACAGUAGUUGUUUAAAAAGCAACUUUAAUUUCAUCUCCCUAUAUAUCUUUCCCUCAGAAUUAUAAUGCAUAAUUGGUCCAUCUGUUUGCAGCCAGACCUACGACCCACAUUUCUCUGGCUAACAAAAGACACAGGACUUAUUUCAUUUCUUCUCCACUAAUGAUCCAUUGGUAGACUAAAUAGAAACCAGUGAGCAAAUUGGAAACGGGCUGCUAACUUGAAAGAGCACAGUCCAAUUACAUGCUGAAACAUUGUGCUUUUCCUUGCUAGCAGUGGCUUUUAAUCACUAGUGUUACUUUGUCCUUGCUAUUUCUCUUUACUGCUCUAAACUCCACCUCCACCAUCUCCACAACUUGAUUGGUGGCCAUGUUUUUGAGUCCCCAGUGGUCAGAGAAUGUAAGCUGUCAGGCUGUCUGUUUGAAUGAUAGUGAAUGGGGUUGUGGUGGGUCGCCGAAUCCCUCCCCCCAUCUCUCUCUCUCUCUCUCUCUCUCUAUCUCAGGCCGACCUCUCCCAUCUGGAUUGUUGAUCAGUAAGAGGAAGCCCAAAGCCUCCAAGCCACUAUAAAUAGGCUUCUGUCUGUCUGUGUCACGCUCUCGCUCUCCCCUCCUCCUCUCCUAGAGCUCAAGGGACAGCCAACUCCCUGAUUAUGCAGUGCCUCUGCCUCCCUGGCACUUGAGUUCAGCUCUGUCGAGCCAUGUUGCUCUGCUGUGCUACAGAUAAAGCUUGACUAAAGCACUGGAACUGGAUUCCAUGCAUCUAACACUCUAUAAAGCGUAGGCAUUUUUUUGUCUCUCGGUUGAACAAGUAAUGUCCCUGGUCGUUUUGUAUAAUCAUAAAUAGUGUGAGGUUUUCAAGGAUUAUAUAGAGGGUUUUUUUUCCCAGGAAACAGGAGGAGGGCAGAGGGAAAGGGAGAAAAAAGCAAAUAACCUUUUCAAGGCUGUGGUAGACUGAUAUAAUAGGCAGCCUAAUACAGCACUCACAUAAGACAGUUUUAAGUGUGUGCGUGCUGUGUAUGGAAUUGAGGCCAUGUAGGAGUUUGAAGCAGAAACCAUCGGGAGGCCAGUGUAGUUUGUAGAGGUGGGAGGUUUUUUGCUCAAAUUUAUCCAAGGAAUAAAACGAGUAAAACAAGACGUGCUGUUAUAGAAAAAUAAACAACAGUGUAGUGGUAUGAUGCUGAUCAUUGUAAUAUUUUUUUUUAUGUAACAGCAUACCCAGAGUGUUUUAUUCCUUUUAUACCACAGCAGAUUGCACACCAUUUUCAUUUAUUAAAGAGUGAAGUACUUUUUUUGUUUGUUUGUAGUUAAAAAUAAUGUUGUGGAAGGUCUGUGAAACAUUUACGCAAUACCUCACAAGCAAAAGUGUGGUUACGCUGAAUAUCAGCACUGCUGUGAUUACGUUAUAUUCUGUAUAACCACACAAUUGCGAGUGCGAUGUUGCUUUUGUACAACAGUACUACAAACGAACUUAAUAUCGAGUGACACUUUAGACACAAUAUGGCCAAAUGUUCUGUUAAUUAUUGCUCAAGUAGUGGAAAUAGAUCCUGAAGGAGUCACACUCACUUUAUAGGACGUCAGCUAGCUAGCUAGCUCACAAUGAUUAGUACAUUCCUCUUAAAGGUGCUUCUGGUAAAACUGCUGUUCCUUCUUCCUUUUCAUCUUCAUCUGACGAGCUUUCGUAUUUUAAGUCAGAAGUUAUAUUGAUGAAAAUUAUUAUACUGUAGUGUAGUAACCGUUUCGAACUAGGACGUGGAAUUUUACGUGACGAACACAGACGAGCGACGUGAUACACACAGUGAAAUGUCCCAGUGUGGUUAUAGUAAAUAUAAGCACUCUUGCCACACGACCAAUCACAUUAGUGGACCGGAACUAACUGUUGUAUAAAAUCACUUACGUUAUAGCAGUUAUAAUAAACAGUUGUCAAGUCAUGUCAAGUGGAUUUAUUGUCAUUUCAAACAUAUAUAGCUAGUUAGUACAUAGUGAAACGAUACAAUGUUCCUCCUGGACCAUGGUGCACAAUAAAACACCACAGAACUGCAAGAGACUACACAUUACUACAUAAAGUGCACGUAAAACAGGACAAUAACUACCAAAACAGGACAGUAGGCACAGUAAGAGACAGUGCAACGCCAACUAGUACACAGUUCUAGUAUGAAAGUAUCAGGUAUAACAGAAGUGCAAAAGAAUAACAAUAUAAUAAAUUAGUUGUUCUCUUACCAACCCCGUUUUUUUUUUUCUUCUGUUGAAGUUAGAAAAGAAAAUUGUUGGAAGAUUGUUAUGUUACUAAUAAGCUGCAAAGCACAAAGUCUUCCGUCCAGAGAACGUUACUACAUCAGGAAACUUAAAGGAGCAGAUAUAUUUCAGAGCACUGUGUGUAGAAUCUCCUGCCAUGUUAAUGUUAAAGAAACAUUCAUCUUCCACUUUUUUAAAUCAGUGUAUUGUUAGACUUAAGUUAGGUGAGCGUCUGAUGUGCAAGUCCCUGUGAGUUAGUUGUUAAUAUAGAAAAGAUAACACAUUAGAAUGUUAAUAGAAAACUGCACUCUGCUGCCAGAACUACUGUCAGAGCGUUAUAGCGCUGUUAUAGAAAAUUAAUCAACACUCAAUCUGACCAAUCACGUUUGACAAUUCAACUCAGUUUUUUUUCGCCAUCUUGAAAAUAAAAAUUUAAUCAGUCUCUAAACCAGUCGUUAUCUUCUCCAACCCAUUAUGUGUCUUGUUUCUCUCUAUUUGUGACGAAGCUACAUAUUCUCUAUAACAGCAACUCAUUUACAUAAAACUAUAGGAUAAAAGCCGGAAGAAAGAUGUGAAAGGCGACAGACGUGUGGUAUGUUCCAGCUGAGACUUUUUACUGAGGAAAUGGAAAUGUUGAGAGCAGUCUUGCAUGUAAUGACUAAUAACACUGACGUUCACACAGACCACCUCCAGUGUUAGCGUCUGAUAGAGGAGGUAAUUGGAAUAAUUGACAUUGAGGAAAUGCCUUUAAUCGCGGUUGAGAUCACUGUAUUAUCAACAGUACAAGACUGAUCACAGUACAAAGUGAUUCCAAGCAGUAGUGAUGUGAUAUAUGAUGUAAACAAGUAUGAUACAAUCAACAUUUAAAUGUUUCGCUCUUUUCGUUUUUAGAAGAUGAAUUGAAUAUGAAUUUAUAAAAACGAUUUUUAGCUUUUGGCUCAAAGUGAAUGACAAUAUAUUAAGAUAUUUUUGAAUUAAACUAAAAUUACCACAAUAUUAAGUGUUUUUUUUUAUUUGGUUAUAAACAGAAGUGUAGUUAAGUGUCUUACUCUAGGUCUUAUAAUACUCUGGGGGGUUAAAAAAAAAAAAAAAACGCUUAUCCUUGUUAACUAAUUACCCUUCACAUUACCCUUAUGAUUGCAUAUGUGCACUUAUUAUGUCAAAUGAGUAAUGCUGACAUAUCCGAAAAUGUUUAAUUCUCUUCUGGUUGCUUAAAUUUCAUGUCUGAGAAACUAUUACAUUUUAUUCCAUUGUAUUAUUACAGUGAUUAAAAAGCUUAAUUCCUAUAAAUUUAUUCUGAAAAGCAAGCACUCCAAUUCACCAGCAGUAUACGGAUGUCAUCAUCAUAGUUUAUCCCAAAUAGGAAAACACUCGUUGCUGCUGUUUAAUCAUAGUAGUUUUGUUUGAUUUUUCAUAUCUGAUCUACCCAGAUCACUUCAAACAGUGUCGACUUUUUUUUUGUUGUUGUUGCUUGUUUGCCUUUUAAGGAGCUGAACAGGAAAUCUGCCCUCUGUUAUUGAGGAAUUCUUAUCUCUUUAUCCUCUCACUAUUCACCCUUCGCUUCCCUUCCCUCCCAUGCUGCCCUGCUCCUGAGACUGACCUUGAUUCCUAUUGCAAUAAAUACUGCUCCUGUGGCAUGAGUCAAGGUUUCGACAUGAGGCAUGGAGGAAAUGAGUGGAGAUAGGAGGAGAAGAAGCCUGAGAGGUGGGAACACUGUAAGAAAGUUACUGGAGGAAGGGAUAUUCUGAUGGAUUCCCCAGUGUCAACGCCGGCCCCUCCACCUCUUCAUCUCCUCGCUCCAGUUGGCAGCACUGAUAUCUCCUCUCCAUGUGAACAGAUCAUGGUCCGCACACGCUCAGUCGCCGUCAACACAUCCGAUGUGGCUCUUGCCACAGAGCCAGAGUGUCUGGGCCCCUGUGAGCCUGGCACCAGUGUCAAUCUGGAAGGCAUUGUAUGGCAAGAAACAGAGGACGGUAUGCUGGUAGUGAAUGUCACCUGGAGGAAUAAAACCUAUGUGGGCACUCUUCUCGACUGCACCAGACAUGACUGGGCUCCUCCACGAUUUUGCGAAUCACCCACAAGUGAUAUGGAGAUAAAAAAUGGGCGAGGCAGGGGGAAAAGAAUGAGACCCAAUAGCAACACUCCAGUUAAUGAGAAUAGCAACUCCUCUGACAACAAGGGGAGCAAUAGCAGCAAGACACGAGCAGCGUCCAACAACAAAGGACGACGGGGCAGUCAGAACUCUUCAGAACGCCGUACACCACCCAAUAGUAAUACUGAGGAUGUCAAGGCCAGCCCGUCAUCUAUAAACAAACGCAAGAGCAAGCCUGCCUCAGACAUGGAGCCAAAUUCUAGCUCAGAGGACACCAAAGGUAGCAAGCGUAUGCGCACCAGCUCAAACAGUGGAAUGCCUCAUGCUGUCCUUCCCAUCCCCAUUAUCAAAGCAGAGCCCCUGCCCCCUUCUCUAGACCGCAGUUGCCCCUCCCCAGUGCUUAUUGACUGCCCCCAUCCGAACUGCAACAAGAAAUACAAGCACAUAAAUGGCCUGAAGUACCACCAGGCCCGUGCCCACAAUGAUGAUGAUAUCAAACUGGAAAUGGAUGGGGACAGUGAAUAUGGGGAGGAUUCUACUUUGCAUCCAGAACCAGGCAGCUGCAAUGGAGCCUCUAUUUCUCAGAAAGGCUGUGUCUCUCCAGCUCGAUCAGUUACCCCAAAAGGCAGGGGGUUUGAUGCUCAGAGCCCAUCACCUUCAUCAGGCAAGUAUGCCUCCAAACAGUCCAGCAAAAAGAAGGCUGAGGCUGACCAUGAUUCUGGACUGCAUUUAGACGGCUGUGAAGAUGGGCCAUGUCUGACAGACGAGGCUAGCAAUGAUGGCAUUGAUGAUAAGAAAAGUUUAGACAAGGCUAAGAAAUCUGGCAGUGGUUCCAAAGCAGAUAAGCUAUCUCAGAAGGCUGUAAAGUCUGCAAGACCGAUUAUACCAUCCAUACCACCACAACAGCUGUAUGGCUUGCAAGCAUCAAGCUUCCCUGCACCUAACUCUAGUUCCUCUAUGAGCAUGAGCACAGUGGUACAGUCAGUUCCCAAAAGCCCACAGCUAAAGGCUAUCCAGCCUAAGCCUGUAGUAAGUGGAGACCCUUCUUUGAACCCAGCUUUAAGUGGUUCCAAGGACAAAAAGAAAAAAGACAAGAAAAAGAAGGAGUGUGCAAAGGAGGGCGACAGUCCCAAAGCCCCGGGAAAGGGAGGGAAGUCAGAGGAAGGAAAAAGUCCUUACUCUGAAUCCUCAGACCCAGGCAGCAAGAGUGAUUGCCUUCUCAAUGGUUCAACAGAUCCCCACCAGAGUCGCUUGGCCAGUAUCAAGGCUGAAGCUGAUAAAAUCUAUAGCUUUACUGAUAAUGCUCCCAGUCCAUCAAUUGGUGUAGCCAGUCGGAUAGAUAGUGGAGGUAUGACCCAACCUGUCACCCCACUCCAUGCAGUCACCCAAAAUGGGGCAGAUAACUCCUCAGUGAAAACCAACAGCCCAGCCUACUCUGACAUUUCAGAUGCUGGUGAAGAUGGAGAGGGCAAAGUGGAAGGUGUGAAGGUAAAGUCUGAGGAUCAGGCACCCAGAGAAGGUGCCAAAAAGGCUCUUUUUGCCACACAGCCUCCAAACAAAGAGUCUCCCUACUAUCCCAAUUAUGAGACAUACUACUCGCCUAACUAUGCCAAUCCAAAUCCCAGCCCAGGGGUCUCAAAUACUGGUGUGAUUUUGCAGGAUGGCGCUGUGAAGGUAAAGAAAGAAGAAGAGACGGACAUAGGGGAUGAAAAAGGCAAAUCAGAACAGCCUGAAGAUCGCAAGACAGAUAUUAACACGCCUAGUCAACAGCAACAACAGCCAUCUGUCAUCCAGCAGCGGUCUAAUAUGUAUAUGCAGCCUCUCUACUAUAAUCAGUACGCCUAUGCCUAUGGCUAUUCACCAGACCAGGCUUAUCAUAAUCAUUUGAUGAAUACCAAUCCAGCCUACAGGCAGCAGUGUGAGGAACGGCAGAGGCAGGCUGCUGAGCAACACAGAGUGGGAGAGAAGAAAUCCGAGGCUGUUCAGAAGGACAGGGAUGUUUCUGUGAAGUCAGAGGAGUGGAAACAAAAAGCAUCAGUUCCUCCAACUUUGUCUAAAGCACCAAGCCUCUCUGACCUCGGUAAGCCCUCACCCCAGAGCAAGCCCAAAGAGCUGACCUCUGAGCCAACCAAAUCCGUCAUCAUCCCAAAGGCUGAAGAUGGGAAGCCACCAGCCCAGCCACCAGAAGGGCUAAAGAUGAAACUGAGUGAAGGUGGACACCAUGGAAAAGAGGAGCAGAAACCCAGUAUUGACUCCGGAAGGCCAUCAGCCAUGGAACAAGCCAUGUAUAUGUACAGACAGGAGCCUGAUUCUCGUCUAUGGCCCUAUGUUUACCCCAGCAAGUACCCCGAAGCGCAGAAACAGCUAGACGAGGAGAGGUGGAAGGAAGAACGAGAGCGGGAUCGCGAAAGAGAUCGAGAUAGGGACCGAGACAGAGAUCGAGAGCGAGACAGGAAAAGUAAAGAGGAUAGACCUCGUCCCAAAGAUACUCCUAAAGAUGAGGGCAAAGAUGGGGUUGAGCCACGGAGCUCAACAGCCUCUGAAGAGCACAGAGGGAUCAGUAAAGACCCCAGAGCCCAUAUGCAGUUCUCUUCAGCUCUCCCUCAACACCAGUCUUAUAUGCCAUACAUGCACGGAUACCCCUACAGCCAGGGUUAUGACCCGAGUCACCCAGGAUACAGAGGGAUGCCAUCUGUGAUGAUGCAGAACUACCCAGGGUCCUACCUGCCAGCAGGUUACUCAUUUUCACCGUACAGCACUAAGAUUUCACCAGGUGAAGAAGGUGAUAAAGCUCGUGCCAGUCCGACAGUAACUGGCAAAUCAGCUUCAGAUUCUAAAGCCUUGGAUAUUCUGCAUCAGCACGCAAGCCAGUACAAGAGCAAAUCGCCCACAGUCGGUGACAAAGCAUCUCAUGACAGAGAGCGAAGUGGAGGCGAAAGAGAGCGGGAAGGUGACCGACCACGAUCCUCUCCCUCGCAGAGAAUAAUGCCUUCCCAUCACCACCUGGGUUACUCUCUUAUCUCUGGACAGUAUGAUUUGUCUUAUGCCCCCGCCAUUGUUGCGAGUCAGCAAGCCUCUGGCCCUUCACUCUACCCCCCUGCACGGAGGCACACAUGACAGUGUCAGUACUGUUCCCUAAAUUUUGCUCCAGCACCUCCAGAUGGUGACUUGUGGACCUCAAGCUUCCCUGCAGCCAUGUGUGAGAUCACAUGAGGAAAGAGCGUAGACUUUAUGACAUCAGUUCAAUGGUGUUCCUGAAUUUUUUUUGUUUGUUCUUCCCGGAUAUCCCGGUGUCUUUGAUCCCCAUCAUUGGAGAUGGAUGGGGGAUGCCAAUAUCGCCCCAGCCCUAUGCCCCUCUGGAAGAACUCGGUCACACGUCCCCUCUGUCACACUAACGAGGUACUCAUGAGGGAUGAGACACAGCGCCUUCUGCACAGAGUCAUGAUGUGGUAGCUCUUAAAAAAACCUUGAACUUCAGGAACCUGGGGGACAGAGGAAGCAGGAAAUGGACAGCAUGGAAAUUUCAUGUGACUACUUUACUUUAUUUACCAGUCUGGGUUUUGAGGCAAAACUUGACAGAACUGUUACUCAAGUGCCCCAAGGACAUACAAAUUGAUGGAUAUUUCCUCUUUCUUUUUUUUUUUUUUUGCCUUUUCUGCAUUCUUUUUUAAGGGUAAGAAAGAGAACAAUCCCCAUCCUCUUGGUUGUCUCUUUUCUCAUUUCUUGUCCAGAUACAAACACCGGCUGGACUCUAUGCAAGCUAUUGAUGCUCACCUCUUUCAUCCAGUUGAGAUUCAGGGGAUAUACUACAGUUCCUGUUACAAAAGUUUUACAUCUGCUAACAGGAGUUCAUAGAAAUGAGCCUUUUGUAGUUUUGUUAAGACAUUUACAGCACCACUCUCUUCUAAUCAGCCUUUGUCGAUCACAAUACUUUGCUUUUAUGGAGACAAGCAGACCUCUGCCCACCUGUCCUUUCCCAUCAACCUCUUUGCAUUGAAUGCUAUACUGGCUACGAGUAGUAGCAAAUGGUUUUCCUCCAAGGGGCUCCGCAUUACUCCAGCGCCAUUUAUACACCUGCUCUGUAUUUAACUCCACAGUUUGGGACUACUGACCUUUGGCUGCUUUAGAUGUGCUCCAACAUGCUGCAAAGGACUCAGUAUGUAAGUGGGGGAGACAUCUAGACUGCAUUCUCUGCUAGUAGGCUGGACCGGAGUAGUGCCUUCCUUUGUGGCAGCACAACCAGCACCUCUGAGCAGCCCUGCUAGGAGGAAGGCAGUAACACUCAUAUUCUUAUAGGAGCUUCUCCGUGGCCUGGCUUCUCUAACUGAGACGGUGUUUCUGUGAUGAAGCGCAUGUGCCCGUGUGACAUGGAAAUGACCAGACAUUUUCCAAACCACAUGGCCUGGUCAUAAACUGUCGAACACACCCACACUGUUGUUCACAAUGCUGCUGCUUGAGAGUCUCAUGCCAAACAGCAUGACCAGAGUGUAAGACCUGGGGGAAGUGCCCUCAUGAACGCACCAAGAGUUCAGAGAGGAGGUCUGUAUGGGACAGUCACGUCUGUGUGCUGUGGCUAAACAGGCAACACUCGACCCGCUAUGUGAGGUCCGUAGUUGGGUUGGUACUCCACACAGAUUUCUCAGAAUACGCUGAUGCGUAGAGUUACUGUAUACCUGACAGUGGAGUACAUGUGCUUUGUCCGUGUUCACUGUUGGAGCUGAUUUUCUUCGAUUAAGCCCCCAGGUCCCUCUCCUUCCCACUCUCUCAUGUGUAUCUGCGUGGUGUAGUAUAGCACUAGAAAAAUAUUAACCUACACCGAGAGGGAGGCAAGCUGUGCACAUUUGCUUCACUUCCUGUUGCUACCAUCCCCCUUUCUCACACAUGCACUCAUGAUGUGCUUUCUGUAUAUAUUGUACAGAGGAAUUAUUUUAAAGAGGUUGUUGGAUGCUAUUGGAUUUUCCUACUCUUUUUUUUUUUUUUUUUUUUUUUUUUUUUUUUUUUUUUUUGUCUGUUAGCCUUUUUUUUCUACUAUUGUUGAUAUAAUAUGAAUAUGUAGCUGGUGUAACGGCUUUAUAAUUGAAGUGUUAUAUAUUAAAUUUCCAGCUUUGCCCCCUCUUUCUUUCUCGCGAUCCCAUGUUUGCUAAGCAUGUCACCACUCAAUGUUCAGUUUCAGUUGGGCUGUCCCGGUUGUUUACGUAAUAUAUGAAUGCCAGCUGUGGUGAGUUAUGUUAAAGGACUUUGUCCAAAUUUGUGUUAGCAUACAAUAAAUAAAUACAGGUCAGUCUUUUGAUGGAGAUGCUCUCACUUUCUGCUCCCAUCAAAUUUGCCCUAGUGCCAUUUUACCUGUCCUGUCAGGGGCCAUGUUGUUAAUCCCUUAACGUCCCAACAUGUUUGUCAGUUAUUCCACUUAAAGCAUAUUAUUUAGUUGCUUCAGUACGACUAAAAAGGAAAGAUGAGUGAGGAAUGUAAAUCUGGACCUGCUGACAAGUUUCAGGGGUUAAACUAGUUCCCUGUAUGACUUCUACCUGCUUCCAGAAGAUGCACAUCAUUACAGCAAGGCAGAUAUAUUUUAUUUAUGAUAUGCCAUUGGCACAGGAAGAGGUUUUUUCCACACUAAAUAAAAAUGAUACUGAGCGUAUAAUGGACUGACUAACUGAAUUGUCUACAUUAUCACUUAGUCCUACCUUAAACACUAACAGACAUUCAGGUUUAGAAAUGGAGCUGCAUUCAAAUUUCACAUUUUCUUGAGAGAUUUUUUGACUGUGCAGCUGAAUCAGGGCAGCUCGUUUUCUGUCGGUCUUGCUGGGCAGAUUACACAGAUGAUUUGAACACCUUUUUUAUCCUAAACCCUCUGUGACUCAAACCAGAAGUUGUCCUUUUAAGCUGGGGUAUGACUGUUUUCCCAUACCCAAAUCCAAACUGUACCAAUUUACAGAAAGACCUGGACUUGCUUUAUCAGAAAAGAAGAACCUUUGGGCAAAUGGGGAGAGAUUUUACGUAAGUAGUAGUAACUGUUUUAUCUUUGAUCAUAUAACCAGUUAACGUGCUGUCUGGUGAAAAAGCGCUUGUAAUAAGUUAUUUUUGAGGCAAUUUCAGUACUUGUUUUUACCCUGAGUGAGGUAAGUCAGUCAAUUUUGUUUUGAAACUUCACAGAUGUUCACAUUUGUCUCAUACGGUGCUACUACGCCUGGUCCCGUGCAGUCCUUGACGCGAGGAUGAUGUGUUUUUUUUUCUUUUUUCCCCAGUUUCUACCGCCUGAAUUAUUCGGUCCUUACAAAUUGUCAUAUCCAUGGUUACUCCUCCAUUUCUCAGUUAUUGGUACUUGAAAGAAAGAUGUUUACAGCUUUUGUUCAUUUCUGUGUUUGAAUGCAUUUCUCUUGUAAGCCUGUCUGUCCCUCUUCCUCUGUCUCUGAGCUCUGCAUCGUUCUUUCUCUGCCUCUGUCCCUCACUCUUUUCCUGGGGUUGUCGUAUGUAAAGUGUACAUUGCCACAUGUCUUUUUUUAUACAAUAUUCUAACUUGCCUUUGUACAUUUAGGCAGAAAAUAAAUCUUUUUAUGAGACAAUCA